UUCCGAUUCCCAACACGAUCCCAAUCAGAGUACACUACUCCGAGGAGUCGUGAAAGUUUACUCAACUCUCCGUGUGUCUGCGUCACUCUUAACUAAACCCCGCCGACUCGUCUUCACAUGGUUGCUUCCACUGCCUGAUUCUCUGCUCCCUUUCCCAUUCUCAUCAAAUUUCACACCUCUGGACCUUGACUUUGUGGAGGGAGAUGGGCUUUGAUAUGGAAUCCCUGUUGGAGGCAACGUCAGGGGCCGUUGGAGCUCUGGUCAGCACCACCAUCUUGUAUCCCCUCGACACUUGUAAGACCAAGUACCAGGCUGAAGUUAGUGGCCAUCAUCAGCAGAAGUACAGGAACAUUUCUGAUGUUCUAUGGGAGGCAAUUUCUACCAACCAAGUUCUUUCAUUGUACCAGGGGCUUGGGACAAAGAAUCUGCAGUCAUUUAUUUCCCAGUUUGUCUAUUUCUAUGGAUACAGUUUCUUUAAGAGGUUAUAUUUGGAGAAAAGUGGAGCAAAAACCAUUCGAACAAAGGCAAACCUGAUUGUUGCUGCAGCUGCUGGGGCUUGUACUGUCUUAAUGACACAGCCCUUGGAUACAGCAUCCUCAAGGAUGCAGACAAGUGCAUUUGGGAAAUCUAAAGGACUUUGGAAAACUCUUUCAGAGGGCACUUGGAAGGAGGCAUUUGAUGGUCUUGGCAUCUCUCUGCUUCUAACAGCAAACCCCUCUAUCCAGUACACGGUCUUUGACCAGCUGAAACUAAGACUUUUGAAGGGGAAGCUGAGCAAUAAAACUGGUACAGAAUCAUCCCCGGAGGCUCUUUCUGCCUUUUCUGCUUUUGUUUUAGGUGCAGUCUCUAAGUGUAUUGCCACCACCGUGACAUACCCAGCUAUCAGGUGUAAGGUCAUGCUUCAAGCUGCAGAAUCAGACGAAGAUGGGACGACCAAAGAAGCUCAACCCCGAAAAACAGUGUCAGAUACAAUCUAUUCCAUUUGGAAAAGAGAAGGCCUGCUUGGUUUUUUCAAAGGAUUAGAGGCCCAGAUCCUGAAAACUGUGUUAAGCUCAGCCCUGCUUCUGAUGAUUAAGGAGAAGAUCACAAAGACAACAUGGGUCAUACUGCUUGCACUUAGAAGGUAUCUUAUCGUCAACAGGACCAGAUUAAAAGCUGCUUGAACGAGUGAUGAUGAUGAAGAAAAAUGUCUGCAUGGGAACCCUUGUAAAUAAAGAGGCUCCAUUUGAUUUGUUCAAACUGUGGAGCAAGAUUGUAGCAAGUGCAAUAAGUGUUAGUUGACAACAGACACCAAGUUUAAUUUCUCAGUGAGGAAAUCCCAGGUAGUAACAAAUCAAUUCUUUUCUUUUUCCUUUCCUAGUUAUCCCUGUUCAAUAAUAGUAUCAUGAUUUGCAACUCUCCUAGUUUGUUGUAAAAUUUUGCCACUUGGCUCAUGAUUGGAUUAAUAUUAAUUUAUUUGUUGUCUUCAUAAA